GAAUCAUAGUGUUGUGAGUAGUGUUGUGUUGCACUCUAUGCGCGAGGUUUCGGCCAUUUUUGUCCAUUCACUGACACAGCGUUGACACAGCAGUGGAUGUAUUGACACAUUUUCAUGACAUUCACCACAUCUCAGAGUGUUUUAGACAAGUUUAAGCGCCGAAUGGAGGGCCACCCGAGCCAUGGCGAGCACCAGUCGUCCGACACUAUCUAUAUUCAGGUCCAGCCGACCAACACUUUCGACGGCAGCACCGACUUGGAGGCAGUGGUGCAACAGUUGCAGCAACAGCUACACGAAGAGCAGCAACAGAGGGUUCAAUUGGAACAGGAGUUGCAGACCUUCCGCGACAAGAACUCUGAGUUGGAGACCAAACUGAGGGCUCAACAGAAUCUGACCACUCAGUCGAAGGGUCAGCACGAGAUCCAACUCAAGAGACUGAAGCAGGAGCUCACGAAAGGCGACCAAACAGAACAGGGAUCCGCUCGCAAGCGCACCAUCACUAAGAUCUCGGAGCCGACGCAUACGUGCGACGAGUGUCCCUUCGACACGAAGAGCGAGGUGUCCAUUAUCUUACAUAAGAUGAACCACGGAAUCACUCAAAAGCAGUUCGUGUUGUCGACCACUUGUUUCACCACAAGAAACACCAACUCGAAGAACACGUACGCCUGUCCUGCUUGUGAUGACGCCCCGCGACUCACACGACAUGAGGUUUACCGACAUAUCUACGAAACGCAUACCAAUGAGAAACCGCAGAAGUGUCCGAACUGUGAGUACAGUUUCACUCAUUCAGACUAUCUGUCGGAGCAUCAGAGGGAGAAACACGCGGAUGAGAUGAUGGCGUCGGCCAACAAGAAGGCCAAAGUGACGACAAUAACGCCCACCACUAACCGGUCGGCCGUUGUGGUCGUCUCGAGCAACGGCGCUAUGACUACGGAAACGGCUUCAGCGGUC